UUUGGGAACGGAGGUAAGCAGAGUGAGAUGGCUCAGCAUUGCGAGGGUGUUUGAGAGUGUGUGUGUGUGUGUUUGUCUAUGUAAAAUGGCGUCUCUUGUAAGGAACGCCCCGCAGUGCAUUAUGGUUCCUGCGUCCCAGCAGAUGCCCAUAUGCUGAAUUAGAGCAUAGAGCAUUCUCACACUCCCACCUGAACCCCCCUCUUGCGUCUCGCACACACUCAGGAUUCAUGACAUCAGAGGCUGACGGCUACGGAUUGCAUGAAUGCUGUUCUGUACCCCGUAUCUAUUCUGCUGAAGUGGAGCGAAACAAGUGUAGGGGUGGUGGGCAACAGUUUUCCCGCCUCAAAGGAUUGGAGGUGGGCAACUGGAGCGGGCUCAUUAGUUUCCCCGAUGACGGAGGGAUGAAGCCGGCCAGAAAUGGGAGGAAAAGGUAUCUGGAACGCUCCGAAGGCUCUUUAGAGUUCAACUCCACUUCCUGCAAGGAGCUACGGCAAGAAAUCACAGAUGUGAAAGUACUGACCAUGGUGAAGACAUCAGAGCUGUUCGAGCGAUGGAGGAACCUGCAGGUGUGUAAGUGGGAGCAAAACAAGGAGGAGACAGAUAACUUCAAAAUGUCUCUGUCCCGUUGCUGCAAUGCCCCCUCCUUCCUGUUUACCACUAAGAGAAACACUCCCUCGGGCACCAAACUGCGUUAUGAGGUGGAUACGAGUGGAAUCUUGCACAUCAGCCCGGAGAUCUUUAAAAUGUUCCCUGAUGACAUGCCCUAUUCCAAAUCCCAGUUUAAGAAAUGUGCUGUUAUUGGGAACGGCGGCAUCAUCAAAAACAGCAAGUGUGGACGAGAGAUCGACGCAGCUGACUUUGUCUUCCGAUGUAAUAUUCCUCCCAUCUCAGAUAUGUACAGUGAAGAUGUGGGAUCUAAGACUGACCUUGUUACAGUAAAUCCCAGCAUUAUAACUGAGAGGUGUCCACAAUCUGGCAACCCGCAUGAGCGUCCAGUUUGA